AUGUGUGGAAUACUUGCUUACCUUAACUAUAACGUGCCACGAAAUAGAAAGUAUAUUUUGGACGUAUUAGUAAACGGACUUCACCGACUUGAAUAUAGAGGAUAUGAUUCAGCAGGUAUUGCAGUAGACUCUGAUCAAACCACAAGUUGUAAGAUUAAACAGAUACACUUUAUAGGCAAUGCAAACCUGCAUUUUGAAAAGGAGUUUUCAAUUCACUUUGGUAUUUCUCACACUAGAUGGGCAACACAUGGUGUGCCAAGUCCUCUUAAUGCUCAUCCUCAUCGUUCUGACUCUAAUAACGAAUUUGUUCUGGUUCACAAUGGAAUCAUAACAAACUAUAAAGAAAUUUUUGUUUUGUUAGCUAAGAAAGGUUACACUCUCGAAUCUCAAACCGAUAUAGAAGUUAUUGCUAAAUUAAUAAAAUACUUAUUUGAUCGUGAUCAAGAAUCACAUACAUCUAUAAAGCUUAGCUUUCCUGAACUUGUAGAAAGGACUGUACGCCAACUGGAAGGAGCAUAUGCUCUUGUCUUUAAAAGCAGCAAUUUCCCAAACCAAUGCAUUGCAACUCGUCGUGGAAGCCCACUUCUUAUUGGUGUGAAAAGUGAUAAACCCAUAAACGUUGAUCAAAUUCCUUUUUUGUCAACACAACAAUUAAAUAGUGAAAAGGCUAAUUCUGAGCAACAGUGUAAUGGUUCUGUUGGUGACAACACCUUAUAUAACUCUUACCCAGAGGGUGAGCACUUUUUUGUUGAAAAUGCAGGAAUGGAGUAUUUUUUUGCAUCAGACGCAAGUGCAAUAAUAGAACAUACAUAAAGAGUUAUUUGUUUGGAAGAUGAAGAUUUGGCUUGGGUCAAGGAUGGAAGUAGUUAUUCAUCUUUUAUGCAAAAGGAAAUAAUGGAACAACUAGAAAGUGUUUACAACACAAUGAGAGGAAGAGUAAACUUCCAAAAUAACACUGUUUUACUUGGUGGAUUGGUAUCACACAUUGAUUACAUUAAAAGAUGCAGACGACUCAUAUUCAUUGCAUGUGGAACAAGUUAUCAUAGUGCUGUUGCUACUCGUCAGUUGAUGGAGGAGUUAACAGAACUUCCAGUUAUGGUUGAGCUAGCUAACGAUUUCUUAGAUCAAAAUACUCCAAUAUUUCGCGACGAUGUCUGCUUUUUCAUAAGUCAGUCAGGUAAAACUGCAGAUACACUUAUGGCACUUCAUUAUUGUAAAAGUCGUGGUGCAUUAGUUGUUGGUAUAACCAAUACAGUUGGAAGUAGCAUAUCACGUGAAACCAUGUUUGGUGUCCACGUCAAUGCUGGUCCAGAGAUAGGAGUUGCAAGCACUAAAGCUUAUACUAGUCAAUUUUUGACACUUGUAUUGUUUGCUGUGAUGAUGGCUGAAGACAGAAAAUCAAAACAGGACUGUUGUAAAGAAAUAAUUCAAGCUUUAAAAGUUUUUCCAGAAUAUAUUUCGGAAGUACUCAAACUUAAUGAUAAAAUUGAAGAAAUUGCUAAGACCCUACAGCAUGAACAAAGUUUACUAAUCAUGGCUAGAGGCUUUCAAUUUGCCACAUGUUUGGAAGGAGCAUUGAAAGUUAAAGAAUGUACAUAUAUGCAUUCCGAAGGCAUUCUUGCCGGGGAAUUAAAACAUGGUCCGUUAGCUCUUGUUGAUAAAGAUAUGCCUGUGAUUAUGAUUGCUCUUAAAGACAAAACUCAUGAUAAAUGCAUGAAUGCCCUGCAACAAGUUCUUGCAAGGAAAGGGCGUCCAUAUAUUAUUUGCUCAAACAAUGACAAGGAAACAAGUGUUCUGGGUUACAACAGUUUAGAAAUACCGCAAAUGCCUGAUUGUUUGUCUGGUAUUCUAACAGUUAUCCCUUUGCAACUACUUUCAUUUCAUCUUGCCGUUUUGCGUGGUUAUGACGUUGAUUGUCCACGUAAUUUAGCAAAGUCUGUCACCGUGGAGUUAGGUUAUCAUCCAGAUUUUUCUAUAAGUAGGUUGGAUCGGAAAGAAUUAGGUUUUUAUAUAAAAUGAUGUUAGAUCAACUUUUUAAAUAUUUCAAUUGUAAAGUUUAUUAUUUUAUAUUAUAUGUGAUCAAGUUUUACACAAUUUUGAAA